UAGAGACACGUUCAAUUAUUUGUAGCAGCUCCCAGAGACAUACUUGACAGUUUAACAGCUUUAACUUCUCACCGGUGUGACAUCAAAGCCCUCCUGACCAUGGCAUUUUGGGCGCAGACAGCUUUCUUGCUUAUCAACAUCAUAGCAUCACCGGUAAGAGGGAGAGUGGAAAAAGAGCUGUCUCCAGAGUGCAGAGAAUUCCUCUACAUGGGAACACCACCGACUGGGCUGGAGCACCACAACCUCCAGUUCAUUUGUCAACGGUACAACAAGAAGCCACGUUACGUGACGCUGUACAACACUGUGGACCAUAUACCUGUCUACUCUGCCUACACUUUCAAACGCUCAGAGGGAGAGAAAUGUGUGGAUGUCCCAUGGAUGUAUGAACCUCAGCUAUCUACAUCCUCUGAUACAGAUGAGAUGCAGCCUUUCCCACGUGGUUACAUGCACAUGAAUUUUGAAGACGCCCAAGCUGUUCUGGAUGAUUAUACAAAUGCCAUCCUUCACGAGCGUGGUACCCUCAACCCAGACGAGCAUCAGAACGAACCUGAUGACAAGGCCUCCACCUACACCCUCACCAAUGUCGUGCCCAUGGUGCCCGACUUCAACAACAGAGUCUGGAACAAACAGGAGCACAUCAUCCGCAAACGGCUUAACAACUACUGUCGUGGAUCAGCUUACAUUGUCACCGGUAUCACCACCUCGGGGAAGAUGAUCCGCCGGCAAAACAUCAACCGUGUUGCAGUGCCCACAUACUUGUGGUCAGCUUAUUGCUGUGCUGACUACGACCACAACGCACCUUAUAAUGAGCGCUAUAAGUUCCCAUCUUUUGCUCACUAUGGUCUCAAUGAAGAGAACAAAGAGGUUGUGGAAAUCUCCGUCCAGAAGCUGAAGGAGUUCCUCAAGAAGACAACCUUUGUAGAUCAGAACUUUCAGAUCUUUGUGAAUGACUGUGUCCCACCAGCGUCCAGUAAAACUGAUUAGGGAAAUUAGCUAUAAGGCAGCAAAGUUCAAUUUGGCUAUAACUAUCCAACUCAUGUUCUGUUUCUUCAGCAGACAGUUUGACUUGUCAUAGUAAGAGAAGCAGAGGUGUUACUGAUAAGAUUAACAAUGGCUCCAGUAAGUUUAAGGCUGUAUUCAAAGCUGCCCACUACACCACAGUGCACACUGAUUUGGCCUAAAUGUAGUAUGCAGUAUUCCAAAAAUAUGUCAUACGGAUGUCAUACUGAUUCAGAAAAAAUCUCCAGUUGCAUCGAACCAGUCUACCUCGCAUACUGUGUCCCAUAAUGCAAAGCGCUAAAAUGGUCACAAAAACCGGUCUUUAAAAAAAAAAGGUAAUCUUUAUUUAAUCAGGCAGUCUCAACAAUUAGUCAAUGUUGAAAUGGCGAACAGCACCAUCCCUGAAUCAGUGAUGGAUAAGGAGGAAUGUAUCUGCUCUGUUCCUGAUAACAAUACAUAUAAACUCAAUGUUGGAUUUAAGUUAUGUAUGUCAUGUUGUUUUCUUAUUGACAGCUCGCUAAGCCUGUCUUCGUAAUAUCAAACAUUAGCUUAGCAGGCUUAAUAAGCAUUAUGGCUUUGUCAUGGAAUGUUCAAAUGGAGCCAGCUAUAACAUUCCAUUCAUUACAGAUCGGCUGUAGCCUUGUUCUCCUUACACAAGAUUAAAUUAAAUAUAGAAAUAGAAUUAAUAAUUAGAACUUCAUGAGUGGAAACCGGAUAAGCCUUGCUCGCUUACUGCAAAAUAAACUGAUUUAACAGUUUCAUGCCGCAUACUUUAAUGAAACGUAGUAUGCAAUAUGUAGUACGUACUGCAUACUGCAUACUGCAUACUGCAUACUGCGGUCGCUGGUAGUAUGUAGUAAGCACCUACAAAUUCAAGUAAGUGACCCAGUAUGUCAUGCCAGUGUGACAGUGAGCCGGCAUGUACAAUACAAGGACGCUAAAACUGAAACAGCUCAAUGGAAUUCAGCCACAAUUAAUUUUAUUAUUAACUCCUGAGCUUUUCCUACUGUGACAUGUCAAAAUGUAUUCUGUGACAGAGGUCUAUAGCCUAUUGGAGUAGCUAACAUGUAAUUUGUAUCAGUAAAAAGAAUAUACACUGCUUUGUCAUAUUUGCAGUAAUAAACCUUUGCAAACCGUAA